AGCGCUCGCUUGCUAGGGCAUUCCAGGAGGCUUUUUUCUUCUCGUGGAGGAUGGAGGAGGGUGGUGGCCAUAGCUGUGACUGCUGCCGCGGCACGGCAGCAGUGGAGUCACUGGAAGAGAUGGAAUUCGCGAGGAGCUUGUCGGGUGCCGCGCACACUGGCGAUGUAAAGAGAAUGGAGCGGUUGCUCGAGAAGGGAGCCUGUGUGCAAGGUGGAGCAGCGGCAGCGUACUCGCCACUACACUACGCCGCGCGGAAUGGUCAUCUGGAAGCUUGCCGGCUGCUACUCAAGUUUGGAGCAGGCGUGGAUGCUCGGACGAGGUCCGGCAGAGCGACGAGCCUCCAUCGCGCGGCAUUCGCUGGUCACGAAGACAUUGUUGCGCUGCUGCUCGAGAGUGGAGCCGAUCGAGACGCGGUGGAUUCCGACGGCCACACUCCUCUCCACAAGGCGAUGAUCCAAAACCACGAUAGAGUUGCGCUCCUCCUCUCGGACAAGAAGAAAGAGUUCCUGGAUUAAGCAAGAUUAUCGCUUUAUUGAUGUAGAUGUGAGAAGAAUCUCACUCAAUGGUAACAUAAAAUAACGCGCUAUUUAAUGGAA